AUGGCUACAGAAGUAAGUGCUCCGUCGAUGCCGCAGCUGCAGUCAGUGCAGAAGGCCAUGGCUUUACCCACAGUUGAGGCUGCCGUUGGACAAGUCGGAGCUUUCUACACAAGAGUCAAAGGAGCCCACUCCUUGCUAGAAUGGGCGCUAUCCACUGCUGAGGCGGGUAUGUACCGUGCAGCCAACACAGCGGCGCCCUACGUGGCGGUGCCCCUUGCUGCUGGAGACGCCAAGGUGGCCGCCGUCAUCGACGAACUGGAGCGCCGCGUCCCGCUCGUUACAGAACAGCCCAAGGUCAUUGUCGAGACCACUAAACAAGCAGUCCUAUCCAGAAUCUCACCACAUGUUAAUAAGGUAUACACAGCCAAGACAGCAGCCGAGAACCGCGUCCACUCUCUUAAGGAGCUCUCAUGGGCGAAGGCUAACGCGCUGCUGACUACAGCUUACGGCCAGAAGGUGGUGCACAGCGUGGAUGCUGGUGCAUCAUACGCAAUGCAGCUGCUCGACCACUACCUACCAGCUGUCGGAGCUCAGGAGGAAACUAGCAAUGAAAUUGUAGCGGUGUCGAACGACCCGGCGCUGCACACAGUGCAGACUGUCGGUCGGCUGAGCGCCGUGGCAGCGCGCCGCGUGUGGGCCAACCUCGCAUACAAAGUUAACGAGCUUAGGAACUCAGGUGUGGAACUGGAUGUACGUCGGUACAUCACCGCGUUGUUGGCAGCCCUGCAUCUUGCUAAAGUGACCAGUGACCAGCAACAACAAGAGAAAGAGCAAGAGCAGCAGGAGAAGGAGAAGUUCCAGACCCCGGAGCCUUCGUCCCCUGCGUCGGCUACCUCCUCCCCUCCCAAGAACACGGAAGAAUCCUCCCCCACCACCGCCAACAAAGUGAAAUCCACACCUGAAUCCAAGUCUACAGAAACUUCUAAUUAA